AGGAAGCCUCAGAAGGCAGAGCGAAGCCACAACUAAAAUCUCUCUCCAAUAAACACAAAGAGAGCAAAAGCAGCAAAACCUAAACCAGAAAAAGAAAAUGGGCAGCUCCAAAAUGUUCAUGUUGGCCAUGGUCAUGGCGGUUGUGGUGUUGAGCAUGACCAGUUGCUUCGGACAGUCAAAAGAAACGACGCCGGGUUGUGCUCAGGACCUGGUGCCCUGCGCAGACUACCUCAACAACACGAAUCCUCCGUCCACCACGUGUUGCACCGCCAUCAAACAGACCGUUGCCACCCAGCUCGCCUGCCUCUGCAACCUCUUCUUCACGCCUGGACUUCUCGAACUUUAUGGUGGCAACACCACUUCGGGUCUCAGAAUCGCCACCGCCUGCGGCGAAACAAUGGACGUCAACAAAUGCAAAGCUGCCAUUGGUGCUCCCACUCCACAAUCCCCACCUGCAACCCCAGGUGCACCAAAAGCUGACGAUGGAGGCUCAAGCAAGAUAGCGUGGGCUGGGUUUUCUGCUCUGCUCAUAUUUUGGGCUUCUGUCAUGUUCUGUUGAACAGAUUUGGAGAUGUUGUUAUUUGCUCUUGUUGUUGCUUUAUAUAAAUUUAUUUGAUUAGCAGUUUUUUAAUCUUAAUUAGAUCAUAUUGGUCAGUAAGUAAGUAUUGUCUAUGUUCUGUGUUGCACAAUUUGAAGGUUACAUCGUGACUGUGGUGCUUUUGAUGGCACCACAUUGACACCAGGCUAUUUCUUUCAAAUGUCGGACGAAAAAAAAUCAUGUUGGUUUUCUUAAAGUGUUUGUAAUUUGCAUCAAAUAUUUGUUGUAAUUUGGGUGUUGUGGGCUUCACGUGAUUUAAGAUAGCUUUUUGUCGUUGAAGUGGUUAA